GGAAACUGCAAAUCACACGGCGGUGGUUGCGUAGCCAUGUUGUGUAGCCAUGGCGGCCAGAAAAGGGAAGAGCAAGAAAAGCCUGAUUUGCAGCCACAACCCGACCCGGACUCUUUCAGCUUCCAAGAGGAGGACUUCGAAACGAUUCCGUGGUCUGUCAACUAUGUUCUUGUUUGCAUCUUGCUUCCAGCUCUAUGUGGAGGCCUUUCCUCAUUUGCUUGGGCAGGACAGGCCGUAAUUCAUGGCAAUCUGACCAGCCGGCACCUUGCUUGACGGUGGGCAUGAAGCUCUGGAUUGUGGCCGGCUGGGUGCGCGCGCCAUCGCCACCCUGGCAGAGCGACCACCGCAGUAGCCUUUGCUGCCUGCUGAUCCUUGUUGGAGUGACAGCCACCAAGUCAAGCGUCCCUCUGGUGGAGUCGUGUAUUGGCCUUUGCCUUUGCCUUUGCUUCGAUGCGCAUCACUACAGGGAUUUGCAAACCCGACACAUGCCUCGCCUUGGCUCCCCCAGCAGACCUGGUCUUGAGAACACGAAAAAGAUCAAAGCACGCCGCCGGCUGCAAACUGGUGGGCCUGCGCGACCGAAGAACGUUGCCUGUGCAAGGCAAUUUCGGGUUUCACUGUUGCGCCUCCCUGCCUAUUGCAAGAGGGUGGCUAAUUGGCGCAAGGAGACCCAAGACAUUGCCAUUUCUCAGUCGUCUUGACUGAUAGAUGCUCGAAUUGGUGGCCACACCUUGAAGCAUUCCUCAGGCAACUGCCAAGGUGCUGAGAACUUUCGAGAUUCGGAGAAAAGGAUGGAAUUCACCGCUAGAUGGAAGCCUGAUCGCAAUGAUGUCAUUCUUGAGUCAUGGCCAACAGGAAUUUGGGGAUGAUCCACAGGCAUGUUGGCCUCACUCUUCGAAUUCCGAGAUUUAACCGAAUCUCAACUGAUCUGGUCUCUACCACUGACGCAAACGGGACAGCCACUCAGCUACACCAAUAGAGACACGAUGCAUCUCUCUGGACAGCAACUGACUGCACCUGACUCAAGUAAUGGUCCUGAUGUUUGUUUGAAAGACCGCCGCUGCUUCCUCAUGGAGUUUACAGACGGACAGGUUGAAGCUUCGGAGUGAGGCAGUUUCACUUUUCUCUCAUUUGUUUCACCUGUCAGAAGCAUUUUACCUGCUCUUUUCCACUUCUUUUGCUUCACUAACUCUUUGUGACGCGUGGCGCAGACCACAAUGCGCGCAGCGACGGGAAACAACCGGUGACCUUUGGCUUCGACCUUGCAACGCGCCGCGACAGUCGACCACGUGGUGGAGACCGACUGAGCCACUCGUUCGCACCCUCGUGGCGAUGCGCGGCGCCGUCCGCAAUGGAAAGCAACCUGCAUGGUCUCCCAACGCAGCACUUCUCUGGGUCCUGGUCGUUGGGUCGAGGGAGCGCAGCAAACUUCGGUGGUUGCACCGCGCCACACUCGCACGUUCACCGACAUCCUUCCAGAUUGUUUAAUUGACAAUUCCACGUGCUUGCGCAGCGAACAGCGAACAGAUGCAGGAGGGCAGCUGGAUGGUGUUGGCAAAGCCGUUGCAAAUGGAGUUGUAUGAAUCUGUGUGAAUGCUGGCGCGCAGCUUGUGAAAAAGCGCACAGGUGGGCCGGGC